GUACUGCGAAAAUGCCGUCAUCUAUGUGCGUGAAACCGACGUUUCUUACGCUCCUCCCGGCCUGACUUUUCGAUCGGAUCAUCCUUGGUGGAAGUGGUGGUGGUGGUGUUUCGUAUGAAAGAGCGAGGGAUGGAGUGAAGGGAUGGGAGGACGGAUUUCUUCCCAAACAACAGUCUGACCGCAGUCUCACAAUGAGUUACAACUAGCACUCUCUUGGUGUCCAAAGAAUAGACCCUCCCAUUGCUUGUUUCGGAGCAUCCAAACAUGAAGCCAUGGCUGGAUCCUUGAAGUUCUUCAAAGCCGUUGACAUGCCAACCAAGGCCACUGCGACCACGACCACGUUCCUCAUUGUAUUUGUGGUGAUGAUUGGCACGUGCCAAAGUGUGGCUCUUGGGCACAGGUCAGGGAAGUUUCUGCUCCAUUGGUCCAAAAUUAAACAUUUCAGCAGUGCCAUUAGACAACGCAAUCUUAAAGAUCUCAGAAUCGACAAUUGCGGGCUAAGCCCUUCAUUCCCCAAUUAUCGCCAACCACGGGUCAAUGUGCCCACAAAAGGGCUGGAACAGGCACACAAACUCGACCAUAUCUCAAAGGCUCAUUUCGGAGACGCUCAAAUUCUCAGCCGAAUCAAAGGUAUCAUCCAGGGAUCAAAAUCAGGACCCGCCGACGAUCACUCGAUCCAUGGAUUAUUGGGUAGAAUUAUUCAGGGUGAAAGAUCAGUCAAAGGAUCGUGGCCAUGGCAGGUGUCGAUUCAACUUGAGUUGGGCAAAUUAGGCCAUAUUGGACAUUGGUGUGGUGGUGUCCUCGUUCAUCCAUCUUGGGUUUUAACGGCAGCCCAUUGUGUCUCCAACCCUGGCAUUGAAAAACUUGGCGGUGGAAGAUGGACCGCGGUUCUGUCUGACCACAACAGAAAGACUCUGGGCAAUGAUGAAGAGCUUGCCUUUCCCAUUACAAACAUUACUGUUCAUCCGAAAUUCAAGGAAUAUCAUCAUGAUAUUGCUAUGCUUCGAUUACCGGAUGAUCCCCGGAUUGCUCGGCUAUCUCCUGCAUGCUUUCCGGUCACUCCACCGACGCAUAAUGAAACUUUCCUUGGAAUCCGUUGUCUGGCCACAGGUUGGGGUCAAACCGAGUUUGGUGGCGACAUUCAAGACGAUCUCCAUGAGGUGGAGUUGACCGUAGUCGCAAAUCAGCAUUGCCAAGAGGUCUAUGGCAUGAAGUACAACGUACCUAUCCGCGAUUAUCAUUUAUGCGCGGGGCCCGUAUUAUCAGGCGGCAAGGGAACCUGUGUGGUAGGAUGCCUCAUUUCAUUCUUUUCCCUAAUCAAUACUGGCAAACUCCAAGAGCUUUUCCCAUCUUUACAGGGAGAUAGUGGCGGGCCAUUACAUUGCAAUAUGAAGGACGGCCGAUGGUACCUGGCCGGACUCAUCUCGUUCGGAUCGGGUUGUGCGAAACCUGGCUACCCGGACGUUUUUGUCAGAAUGACUUAUUACACGGAUUGGAUCCAUCGCGUGAUGAAAAGUCAUGGCACACUGGACGAAGUACCCUAGUCAAUGUUUAAUGAAUGAAACAGAAAUGAAUAAACGCCGGACACAUUUUCAUGAGAGAACACGUGC